UCUCAGGGCAGAGCGCGUCUGAUACACAACGUGGGACUUUUCAGCCGCAAUGCUGUUUAAUCCGGAUUGACUUCUGCAUUUUUGUGGAUUUUAUGGAAGUUACUUGGGAUUUAAGACAUUAAUGUGCUCUUCUGAUGUCAACUUCAGCUCCUGAUUGAGAAGUAAUCGAUUAUAUUGAUCUGCGGAUAUGGAUGACUCCAGUGAGGCCUAUUUAUGCAUAAACGAUCCCAAUGGCAACAGAACCAGCCACUGGCCCGAAUCCCACGCUCUCCUGGAGCAGGAGGAGGAGAAGUUCAGGAGGAAGCUCAAGUAUUUCUUCAUGAGCCCCUGCGACAAGUACAAAGCUCGCCGAAGAAAACCCUGGAAACUGAUGCUGCAGAUCAUCAAAGUCGCUGUGGUCACCAUACAGCUGGUGUCGUUUGGUCUCAGUAAUCAGAUGGUGGUUCAGUUUAAAGAGGAGAAUCUGAUGGCGUUCAAGCAUAUGUUCCUGAAGAGCUUCACCGACAGCAGCACUGACACUUACGCCAUUUACACGCAGCAAGACGUCUACACGCACAUCGUCUACACCGUGGAGCAGUUUCUGAUGUUACCAAGCAUAACGGUGGGCAACCAUGAAUAUGAGAAGAAAGGUGACGUUUACGCUCCGCUCACCAUAUGCCAGCAGUUCUACCGCAACGGCAGCAUCUCACCUGCCAAUGAGACUUUUGACAUUGACGCUCAGGUGAAGGAAGAGUGUUUGCAGAUUUACCCAGUAAAGCCCUUCUCGACUUUCACAGCAAACCCGCUGAACUUUACUCUGCACUUUGAGAGGUUAUUGACGGUGACUGUAAACUUCACUCUGAAAGCCAUUAACCUGGAGACGGUUCAGUAUCACGAGCUUCCAGACUGUUACGAAUUUGACAUUAUGAUCACCUUUGACAACAGGGCCCACAGCGGCAGAAUCACAGUCGACCUAGACAAUGAUGUGCACAUCUAUGAAUGCAGAGACUGGAGUUUUACCGGUGCUUCCCCGAGGAACAUGUACAUGCUGGUUCUGUUUGAUGUGGUGGUCAUUGUGAUUCUUGUGCUGUCGCUGCUGCUCUGCAUGCGUUCGGUCAAAACUGGAGUCCAGCUACAGUUUGAAUAUGCAGAAUUCUUCUCCGUUCGUUACGGCAAACAAGUGUCCCUCUCUGACCGUAUGGAGUUCAUUAACGGCUGGUACAUCCUCAUCAUCGUUAGUGACAUUCUCACCAUCACAGGCUCUCUGCUCAAGAUCAUCAUCCAGCUAAAAGCUCUGGCGAGUUAUGAUCUGUGCAGUAUCCUGCUGGGCACCGGCACAAUGCUCGUCUGGAUUGGCGUCUUACGUUACAUGGGAUACUUCAAAAAAUACAAUAUUCUCAUCAUCACUCUGCGAGCGGCGUUACCAAAUGUCAUCCGCUUUACGUGUUGUGCGGCCAUGAUUUACCUCGGCUACUGUUUCUGUGGAUGGAUCGUACUGGGACCCUACCACACCAAGUUCCGGACGCUGAACGUUGUUUCCGAGAGUCUGUUUUCCCUCAUCAAUGGAGACGACAUGUUCGCCACCUUCAAGAACAUGCAGCAAAAGAGUUACGUGGUGUGGCUCUUCAGCCGUCUGUAUCUCUACACGUUUGUGUCUCUGUUCAUCUACAUGGUGCUCAGUCUGUUCAUCACGCUCAUCACCGACACAUACGACACCAUCAAGCAUCAACAGCUGGACGGGGAGCCCAUGUCAGAUCUCCAGGCGUUCAUCAUGCAGUGUAAAGAUCCUCCAGAGUCGGGCUGCUUCAGUGCGGACGAGAGCAGCGGUUGUGGAUGUCUGAUGUGCUGCUGCUUACACAGGACACACGACUCUGAUGAAGAUAAAGAGUGAUCUGGAUGCUCACAUGGAGACCUGUGAUUGUGAAGAGCAGUGUGUAUGUAAGUGAGGAUUGAAAGUGAGAAUAUCUGUAUGUUUGGUUAUGAGGUGUAUAUAAAUGUACAAAAGAGAAGUGCAGCUGAACUGUGUAAAGCUGUUUUGUUCAUCACAGACAGACAGAACACAGAGUGUAAUAAUAAUGGUCUUCAGGCCUAGUUCUGUGGAGGUGAAAGAAAGCAAGAGCAUUGUCUGUUAGUGCUGUAAUAAUAGGAUAUUGGUGGAAAAGAUCUGGCAAACUGUCCAGUCUGUAUUAGUGUUGUGGAGCAUCAAAGGUUUCCGUUUACAGUGUGUUUUAGGAGCACUGAGCAAUGAGGCCAAUCACAGACCUUUUGAUUUAUUGAUCCCAAUCGUGCUGAGUUUAGCAAGCUGGAGAAUCAUCAUUUUAUAGCAAAGUGUAGAUAUGAUGUAAAUAAGAUAUGAAUUGUGCAGUAGAAAGCUUCACAUGUGCCUGGUCAUCUUGUAGGAGAUAUAAUUCCUUUAUUUGCAAAAAUCUAAAACAAGCUGUUUACAUGUAUAAAAACACACUUGUAUGUGAGAAAUAUUAGGCAUCAGAUUUUAUGUGUAAGUGAAGAUUUCAGUUUGAAAAACAUAGUAGUUUUGAGAUGUUUGACAUAAUUGUUUUUGUCCUUUUAAAAGUAGCAUUUUUAUGAGGCUCCUAUGUUUAGGUUCAGUAAGUUCACUUUAAUGGUAAAGAAAGGUUAUUAGUAGGUUAUUGAAUGGCUUUUUCCCCAAAUGUUCAAAGUCCCUUUUGUAGGAGCCUGAAAAAGUGCUCAUUUAAAAGAAAACUCAGAUGGACCUUGAGGUUUAUACAUGUUAAAAUGUGAAAUGUAAAGUCUAACUUAAAUAAUAGGCUUGCCAGGAAAAGAAGAAAAUAUAUGUCAUUAUGAAAUUAUGGUUUUCUACCCACUUGUAUAAAAAGCUGAAUUGUAUUAAAAUCUGAUUGAACUGUAAAGCACUUUUCAAAAAUGAAUGUAUUUGCAAAGCAACAUUUUGAAAUUAUAGUCAUAUAGAAGUGUAAUGUGGUCAACAAACCUAGAGGUACAUAAGCUGGGCAAUAUCUGAAGAUGAACCUGUCAGCCAAUUUUAGAGUGCACUGUAUUUAUAUGACUAUAUAUAGUAUUAAUAAAGCAAUAACAGAGAAAUAUGUAUUUGUAUUGUAUUGUUUUAGUGUGUAGUGAUUUGGAUGUUUUUGUUGACACUACUGAUUUCCUAUAAAAGCAUAAGAUGAGAUGAAUUAGCAGUUAAAUAACAUGUUGAAAUUUGAGCAAGUGAUUGAAAUUA